AUGGAGGAGAAUUCGAAUUUCAGUGAGAGACUCCCUCCUACCGUGACUGGGUUAUCACCAACUGAGGGAGUACCGGGAACUCAAAUAACGAUUCGAGGAGAGAAUUUAGGAUGCGAUCAAAACGAUGUGAUAAUGCUCUUCAUUUGUGGAAUCGAUAGUCUGUGGAGUAUGAAAUGGAAAUCCCCAUCAAAAAUCAUCGCUCGCGUCGGUGCGGCGUCUCGUGGUCCCGGUGAGGUUCGAAUCGUCACAAAAUCCGGUGGAAAAGGAACUUCGAAUGUGAAAUUUCGUGUAUUCAUCACACAAAUCGGUCCGUUAGAAGAGUCUGCCGUGUGGGUUGAUGAGACGAGGACGGUUCCUGGGAGAGAGGCGAUACGGAGUGUUCCACAGAUUCAGGACGAACGCGACGCUCUCGGUCUUGUCCCCAGCCAGAAACGAAUGGAUCAAAUCGUUCUCUCCCGUGAUUUUCCCGAUUGUAGUGGCAAUUUGCGGAUGGAAAACUUCUCACCGCAAUGGUAUUUGUUGGAGAAUCACGCUGAUGCUACAAUCGAAGAUCUCCGAACGGCUAUCAAAAAUAUGGAACUGGCGAAGCAGAACGAUGCGAAACGGAGUGAAGAAAUGCACAAAGCGAAUCUGUACUCACUGAUUAAUUGUGUGGAUACACUCGCAAAUCUACAUCAAGCACUCGAGAAAGGAGAGAAUGCUGAUCAUUUUGCAGCGUUAGGGAAUAUUUCGAAAUUGAUAAAAGACUCAAAAACCAAAGCGGAAUCCGUGUUCGCCGACGUCCUGAAACGAAAAGACGACGCCGACGCGACUCGUAACGCUCUUGGAGUCAUCGUCCGCUUCAAAUUCAUAUUCUUUCUCUCCUCAAAAAUCGAGGAAAGUAUGAAGAAAGGAGAAUAUAUCACGAUUUUAAAUGAUUAUACGAGAGCGAAAUCAUUGUAUUCGGAUACUGAUGUGCCGUUGUUUAGAGAGUUAAUGACUGAAAUCGAUGCAAAAAUGGAGGUGUUCAAAGAGGAGAUGAAGCGAAAACUGAUCGACACACCUGUCUCCUAUGAAGAACAAUCGAAACUCAUAAAAUAUCUGAAAAUUCUGGAUCCAGAAUCCGAUCCGACGUGGGAUUGUAUCACUUCUUACUACGUUUGGCUGGAGAAAAGUCUAUGGGAUAUGCAGGAGAAAUUCUUGAAAAAAGCGAAAGAUGAAGAGGAAGAGGAUAAGAUGAGAUACUCGAGCAACACACAGAAUCAACACAUGAUUCUGACGAAGACGAAUGAGAUUCAGAAUUUUGUGACGACUCUUGUCGAGUUAUUGUUGAGUAAACUGCCGUCGUUCUGGAAGUUGGCGAACACGUAUCAUAGUUCGAGUGCAUCCCCAGAUGCUAUUCAGAGAUUGGAGGAUAUUAAUACAAUGCUGACCACCCUGAUCAACGUCUCCUCGUGGCUCGUCCUCAACGCUCUCAUCACAAAAGCUCUCCCCGAUUCCGUCCUCAAUCAAUACGGAAAUCAAUUCGCAAAGUGGCCAGCCGUCUCAGCAGACAUCGGUCGUUCGAACCUUCAACAGAGUCUCAAAACUACUAGAUCUCUGAUAGCUUCUCUGUUGGAGAAUCAGUUUAGUCUGACUCAUGUCCAGCCAUUGAUUGAGUUAUGUAUGACAGUAAGACUGAAAUUGGUCUCAGAUUUUGUGGAUUCUGGAAUUGAGAGAGUGGCUCUUCUCGCUCAUCGUAUCAAUUGGAAACAAGAUAUUCUGGAUAGAGCACAACAGACAAAGACGAUUCUCCCGGAUUAUUAUGAGAAUGAGAUCUGUGAAUGCCUAACCCGUACCCGAGAUGCUCUAUCCACCACUGGAUACCCUGGAGAGGCGUGUCUCUUCUCUCGAGAGCUAUUCCGUGAGACAAUAAUCGAUCUAUUCUUCCGUCUGAUCACCUCAAUCAAAAUCUGUUUUGACCGUCUUUUCAUCCGACAACGUCCCCAACAACUAGAAACUCAAAAGAAGGGAAACGAGAUAACGACGAAGAAAUUGCUCAUCGCGGUGGGGGAUAUUGAGUUCAUCAUUGCAAAGACUCUGAAUAAUGUGGGAAAGAAAAUGCAAGAGUGUGGAGUGAAGCAUGUCGAUCAGAUACAGGAGAAAUCACGAGCGAAAUUGUCAUCGUUCCGCACCAAAAUGAUCAAUGAUUGUAUUGCAAUGAUGAGUAGUGCAUUUCAGCCACUGAUAGCAUCGGCCACCUAUGAGUACAUGCCGGAUGAUGAUGACAUCUCGGACUACGCAAAAGAGAUGAUUCUGUGUUCCGUCCUCCAACAAGCUGAACUCGAGUUAUACGCUCCUCAACUGGCCAUCGAAUGUCUUCAACAGACAGUUUCCACUGCUUUAGAAGACCUUCUCACACAUUUCUCUCGUUUGAAUCAAGACACUUCUCCACUCAUUGUCACUCAAAUUGUCAUCGAUUUGACUGGAUUGGAGGAGGCAUUGUCGACGUAUGCGACGUUGGCGAUUCGGGUUCAGAUUAAUACAUAUCGAGCUGGUCUCGUGGGACGGUUUGAUAAUCACCGUCUCCAACAAUGCCUAAAAAACAUGCGAACCACAAUGCGAAUGGCCCUUCAAAGUCUCGAACAACACGCCGAUUCGCUUGACGACGACGCCAACAACACUUCGAAUAUCUAG